AUGUGUGGAGGUGUUGAACCUUAUCUCGACAAUACUAAUUUGAUGAAGAAAUCCAGUCGAUACCCAGACCCAGACCAAGACCCAGCAGCAAGUAAAAGUAACGUUUGCCAGAUUGUGCAGUUUGAUCAGUUCAAAGCUAGACAGUGGACUUUCAGCUUGCUCUCAUCACUCAUUCCCAACUUCGAGGCACCAACGGUUCUGGGCAGUGAUAAGGAGAACAAGCAUUCUGAAUAUCAUCCAUGUGGUAGAAUGGAGAUAGGAAGAAGCGUCUCACCAAAUUUUCAGGGCAAAAUGAACCCCAAAUUUUCAGGUUUUGGACUCAACUGGAAGCAAUCAGGUUAUUUCCUUCACUGCAACAAUCUCAUAACUAAUUAA